AUGGCGCCUCCUACGCUGAGGAAAUGGGUCGCGUUACAGAGCAUGCGUUUAAAGGAGAUGCGGUUAAUACAGGAAAGCUUUCGCGGUAGAGAUAGUGCUACUUUGAGCAAAUCGGGUAUCCAGCCGCGACUAGAACGCCUGAAUGAGAUAUGGGCGGACGUGUGUAACACACACGGGGAGAUCUCGGCCAAAGAGGGGUCAGAGUCGGAUCCGUAUAUGAUGGACGAUAUGUACGCUACGUUGCAUACCACUUGCGAGGAGGUGCGCGAUCUAUUGUUAACUUUGCGCGAGCCCUUUGAGGUUGGGGAGAUACCGGCUACGAGUGGUCAGGGCGCGAACGCUGGGUCAUCCAAGCCGGAUGCGGACGCGUCCAUAGCGCGUCUGCCGCGAAUGCCGUUACCCACGUUUUCGGGGGAGUACGAGGACUGGGCGAGCUUUUGCGACCUCUUUACCGCUCUGGUACAUGAGGUGCCCCAAUUCGCAGACGUGACUAAGUUGCAAUUUCUGAAGUCGUGCUUGACGGGUCCGGCUGCCGAGUUAAUUAAGGAGGUCGAAACGACUAACGCGAAUUAUGCCAGUACAUGGUUAACGCUCAAGGCGAGAUAUCAUAACCCACGUCUCAUUCUUGCGAAAUACCUUACGUCUUUGUCACGCCUCCAACCUUUGAGGAAGGAGUCUGCCGUAGGCUUGCGUGCGUUUACCGACGAAGCGACGCGGAUUGUUCGCGCUCUCACGAAUACGAAACGAGCGGAGGCGCUUUGGGAUCAGUGGCUUGUCCACUCUCUCUCUGAGAGGUUAGAUACGGAGUCGCGGAGACUCUGGGAGGCUGAGCUCAGUGUGAGGGACCAGCAGGCUGCAGGGAGCGCGGGAGAGGGGGAUAUUGAUCCGCUGAAAUAUUUGCCUACUUUUACGGAACUAGUAGCUUUUUUGGAAAGGCGAGUGCAGACGCUCCACAUGUUGAGUUCGGAAUCUCUGGCGAAUAAGGGGGAGAAGAGAACGGCUCACGAUAGUAAGCCCGUUCAUAAAACACAGAAGGUCUUUCACGCUAGCUCUUCCUCUUCGACAUCGGAUAAAUUGAAAUGUAUUGCUUGUUCGGGGCCUCAUUCCCUGACGAAAUGUGCUAGUUUUAAAGCGAAGUCUGCGAAUGACCGACGUGAUUGUGUGCGACGCUCUGGCGUUUGCUAUAAUUGCUUCGGCGGACAUAGAGUGAACGAUUGCCGAUCGGAUAAGCGCUGUGGCGUCUCCGGUUGUCAGAGGAAGCACCACACCCUAUUGCAUCCGUCAGCGGCUGCCGAGCCGAUUGGGGAGGGCCGCGAUUUACCGACGGGGAAGUCCGAGGUCGACGUCGAUGCAAAGCCAGUAGUUGUUGGCACUCACUCUGCCAGAGCAUCUCCACUUCCGGAGACGGUACUAUUAGCCACAGCUCAGGUUGGAGCCUUAAGCUCGAGCGGGGAAACAAUUAGAGUCCGCGCGUUGUUAGAUCAGGGCUCGGAAGCCUCUUUCGUGUCCGAGUCGAUAGCCCAGCUACUCGAGUUGCCGAGACGACCGGGGGAAAUCUCGUUACGGGGGAUAAACGGUAGCCGAGCCGGUGCUGCUCAUUCGAUUACACGGUUAGUGUUGAGUUCACUGGUUGGCCCGCGAUCCACGAUCGAGAUUGAUGCACUAGUUCUGUCGCGUCUUACGGCACCGCUUCCAGCAUGCUCGCUGAAGGAGCGCGUUUUACCGCGAUUUCAAGGACUGCCGCUGGCAGAUCCUCAAUUUGCCAUUUCGAACCCGGUGGAUCUUAUUCUGGGGGCGGAUGCGUACGGGCAGAUUUUAAAACCAGGCGUGAAACAUUGGCCUGCUUCGCGUCUUGUAGCACAGAACACCGUAUUCGGUUGGGUGGUCUCGGGCGCGAUUACAGCCGACCCGGCACGGCGGGCGGUUCCGGUACGGCGGGCGGUUUCGAUAUCCCUUGCGCAUUGCUCCACCGAUCCGGACUUGUCGAGGGUGAUGGAGCGGUUCUGGGACUUAGAGUAG